AUGGAGCAGUUUUUCACGAACGACAGAGUGAAUACUGAGAAUAUAACAACGCGUAUUGGGCGACUGGAGAGGAAUUUUCGUGAACUGAACGAUGAAUUGAAGAAAAUCAGUAAUACUGAAUUGCCGGAGUUAUUACUGACCAGUCGAAUUAUGUCAACUCUUCCAUCAGAGUAUUUUGAAUUCAAGAGUGUUUGGGAAUCCAUUCCAGUGGCUGAUCGUACAGUGAACAAAUUAACUGAGAGAUUACGACUGAUUGAAAUGAGAUUACCCACAAAAAGUAAUGAAACCGAGGCUUUGAUGGCUAAAGCUGGGAACAAGAAGAAAACUGAGAAGUUUGAUAAGAAGUCCCUGAAAUGCUACAAAUGUCACGAAGUUGGACAUUUCACAAGAGAAUGUCCAGAGAAAAAAGCCGAGAAUACAAAAUCCACACAAGACAAAAAAAAAAUUCACACAAGGACAGGAAAAGAGAAGGUGAAGCCUUCGUGUCUACAGCAGGAAAGUUACCAAGAGAGAACGAAUGGUUUGCUGACUCAGGAGCAUCAGCACACAUGA